AUGAGCAGCAGCAAUAGCUUUAAGCAGAGAACAAGCUGCUCUAGCAGCGGUGGUGGUAAUGGUGGUGGAAAGAACAGUAAUGGAAGAACUUGUGGUGGUAGUAGUGGUGGAGGCGGGUCCUGUUCUGUGAGCAGCAGCCAAGGGGUUUCUGGUGGGAAUUGUGGUGGCGGAAUAUCCAGAUGUAAUUCUGGAGGGGGGAUAUGCCACCAUGCACCUGGAGGAUUUAGUGGCGGCAGUUUUGGUGGCAGCUUUGGCGGAGGUGGCUUUGGCGGAGGUGGCUUUGGAGGAGGUUGGGAAGAUGGUGGGUUGCUCUCCGGCAAUGAAAAGUCUACCAUGCAGAACCUCAAUGACCGCUUGGCCUGUUACAUGGACAAAGUACGAGAUUUGGAAGCAGAGAACAAUCAGUUUGAGCAUUUAAUCAGCAACUGGUACCAGAAGCAUGGGAAAAGUACUUCACCAAAGGACUACAACCAUUAUUACAGUGAGAUUGACAUGCUCAUUGAGGAGCUGAUUAGUGAGGCACAGGAGAUGAACAAAGUCAUGUUGGACAUCGAUAACACCAAGAUGGCCAUCGAUGACUUCAAGAUGAAAUACGAGACUGAAUGUGGCCUGCGUCAAAAUGUGGAGGCUGAUCUUAACGGAUUACGUCCACUUUUGGAUAAGUUGACCUUGGAUAAAUCUGACCUGGAAAUGCAAUACGAGUCUUUGCACGAGGAGCUGAUUCAUCUCAAGAAGAACCAAGAAGAGAUAAUGAGCGCACAAUCGAAGUCUGGUGGGGACGUCACAGUGGAGGUCAAUUCGAAUUCUGGCCCCGAUCUGAAAAAGCAACUGGAUGAGAUGAGGUGUGAAUAUGAACAGAUCAUUGUGGACAACCGGAAGGAGGUUGAAGUUUGGUAUGAAAGCAAGAUGGACGAGGUGCGCCAACAAGUGAAUUUGAGCUCCCAGGAGAUUGACAGCUGCCAGAAAGAAGCUGCAGACCUCAGACGAGAAUAUCAAACCCUGGAGAUCGAACUGCAGUCCCACCUCAGCAUGCUCCAGUCUCUGCAGAACAACCUGAAAGAUACAGAAAAUCUCUACAACGUGCAGCUGCAACAGAUAGCAACCCAGAUUGAGCCGAUGGAAGCCGAGCUGGCGGGUAUCAAGUGCGAGAUACAGCAGCAGAACCAGGAGUAUCAGACACUUCUCGGCAUUAAGGGCUGUCUGGAGCAGGAAAUCUGUCAAUACCACCAGUUGCUUGAGGAGGGAAAGCACCUUGCAUCCUGUAUAUCAGGAGGAGGAGGAGGAGGUUCUGGAAUAAGCGGAGGUGGUAGCAGUUCUGGAGGAAGAGGCGCAGAGUUAGGAGGUGGCAGAGGAGGAGGAAGAGGAAGUGGAGGCCACUGCCUAUCCUCCACCUCAUGCCAAAGUGUAUCUUCCUCACAUCAUAGCCAUUCACAGUCACCAUGUCAACCUUCACCCACCCAGUCUGGAUCUGGGGGCUGCAGUGGGCCUUCAAAAAAGUAGAAAGUCUCUGCAAAUGCCACCUCUCCCAGUAAUUCCUGCUGAGUAAAAACUAUAGCUGAUAGAAGAUUUUCCACUACACAGAGAGCAAGAAGAAACACUCCGCCCACCCACCCACCCAGCCUGCAGUUCACAAAUAGAGCUUUUCCCAUCUUUUUAAAGGGAUAAAUCCAACAUGUAUACCCCUAACAUUUGUGAAAAAGAAUUAGGUUAGCUUAUUUCAGACAUUGUGAAAGUGUGGAGUAAAGAGCAAAAGUGAAAUGUAUUAAAAAGUAACUCUUUUGAUCAACUUUGAGAUGUGCAUUUGGAAGGUAAACAGGUGAAUCGUCUUCCUGCCUCUGAUGUUAUCUGCCGUUAGUUCUCUGUGCUCCACCUAAUCUUUCUACUGUGCUUUCAUCUCUAAUAAAACUUCCCUCUGCAUGAAGCAAUUAAAAA